AUGGUGGACGAAUCAAUAGCCUCUCCAAUUUCCAGCCUACUCCAAACAGCGCCAGAAGAAGAAGCAUUGAUAUGCAUUACCGUUGCUAUGGCGGAUAUUCUAGAGCGUCAAGACUAUAUUCUCCGUCUAGCGAAGUCCAUGAUCAAAUAUGGAGCUCCCCCACAUCGGCUGGAGGACUCGAUCGAUCAAGCUGCACGCCAUCUUGAGCUCCAUCUCCAAUGUAUUUACUUGCCCAACUUGAUGAUCGUGGCCUUUACGGAUUAUGAAACCCACACAUCCGAGACACACUUACUCAAAGCCUCUGCAGGGCUGGACAUGUACAAGUGUGCAUUAGUUCAUCAAGUCCAUAAAAUGGUCACUCAUGAUACCACCACAGUAGGAGAGGCCAUUAUGAAAUUAGAAGCUAUUCAUGCACAGAAGGAUAUUAAUUCACGUCUCUUGACGCUCUUGGCCUAUGCCUGCGCAGCCUUUAGUACCACACCCAUGUUCUUCCAGGGAUCCUUGGCUGAUGCUGGGGUUUCGUUCUUGAUGGGGGGUGCUGUGGGUUUAUUGGCUUGGUUGUCCGAGAUAGUACCUAAUUCCACACAUAUCUGUGAGGUCGCCAUGCCGAUGCUCGUUGCAUUCGUGACUGAAGGCUUGCGCCGGUAUCAUGUCUAUCCAGUCUGUCAGGGUGCAGUCCAGUUGGGAAGCAUUAUUAUCGUUUUGCCUGGUUUCACCAUCGCCUGCUCGAUCUUGGAGCUCAGUGCUCGACAUGUUAUUUCGGGCUCGGUCCGGCUCUUUUAUGCCGUGCUCUAUUCGUUGGUGCUUGGCUAUGGUCUUUCGAUCGGUACCUCGAUUUGGGACCUAUUUGGUCGUUUGCCUAGCGAAGAAGCAGCAGGGAAAUACACUCCACAAUGUCCAUUGGAGCCACUGGACUCUAAAUGGAGUAUCUUGUUCGUACCGAUGUUUGCGAUUUCAAUCAACAUUUGGCUUAAAGCCCAUCCUCGACAAUGGCCCCUGGGCAUCAUUCUGUCCACAGUUGGGUUCACAGUUGGGUAUAUAACAACGACCUAUACAACAGUCACGUCAGACGUUUCGUCCGCCUUGGCAGCCUUCUCCAUUGGUUUGCUGGGCAACAUCUAUCAGCGUUUGACUCGACAGCUAUCAUUCCAAGCCGUUUGCUGUGCAUCAUUCUUUUUAGUUCCUGGUUCCAUUGGGUUAAAGGGAGCAAUGUCCAUCUUUACGGAUGAUAUGGCAGGAGGCAUUCUUUUUGCACGCCAGAUGGUCGCUACCGCCAUCUCGAUCAGCGUUGGGUUAUUUGCUUCUGCUCUGGUGGUAUAUCCAACGGGCAAGCAACGAUCCCCACAAAUGACUUUUUGA